CACAACUGUGCGAUCUUUUUUUUUUUGACAAUUCGAAAGUUGUCAAAACGUUUUUCGAUCUUUCAAAAUGCCACCCAAACCUCAAUUGACCGAGGAGGAAAAAAUAGCCCUGAAGAAGGAAAAAAAGUUACAAAAGAAGCUCGAGAAAGAACGCAAACAAAAACAGAUUAAAGUCGAUUAUUUAACACGCGAGAUUAAAUAUGGACAGCUCACUGUUUCUCGACAUGAGAAGAAUUGGAGAAGGAUGCUUAUCGACAUCACGCUUCCACGAAUGCGCGAAGAUCUUCAGUUUGCGUGGCACAACUUCGAAAGGGUUGUUGACACAAAGGACUUCACCAUUUCGCUGCUCAUGGACGAACUGGGAGAAGCCGAAGAGCAAUAUCUAAUGAACUUUAGACAACACUGCGACAACAUAGAUCUGCUCAUUCGUCGAUUCAGAGAUCGCUUGGAUGACUUGAAGGACGAUUACGAAGACAGUCUCAAUAAACUCCAGGCCGCAUGUGAAGAAGAACAAAACGUAUAUCAGCAAACGAUAAGCGACGGAGAGGAUUAUUUGAAGAUGAUGAUAUACGGUUUGGAUCAGGAUAUGAGGGAAUACGAAAAGAAGGUUAGAAGCACGUACCUGUCCAGGAUAGACGAGGAUCAAAGGGACUACAACGACAUUAUACAAACUUUACGAAUGGAUUUGGAAAAUGCACUGACCAAUUUAUGGAACAAGUCGAAGAAAUUCGUCAAAGAUUUCGAAAAACAAACGGCCCAAAGGAAGCAAAACUAUCUCGCACUUUUGGAACAAGAUAAUGCGGUCCAAGCGCAAAUAAGGCAGAACUUGAGACGAAUGGCAAAAAAUGCAAAUUUGCUUAAGAAUCUCCGAGAAGAAAAUACAGAACUGAUCAGGAGCCGUACGGAAAAACUGAACAGUUACGACAACGAGAGGCUUUAUUUAGCCAACUGUUUCGGCACCCUGAAGAAAAUCCUGAAGGAAGACGUGGGUAUCGACGAUCAAAAUAUCAGUUUGGUUACGAUCCUAAGCAACGAUAUCAUGGAUUUUUUGAAUAAAAUAGGCGGCAAAGGCGAACGUAUUUUAAAGCUUUCCGCAGUGUGUCGAAAGUUCGAGACGAAAGAGGAAAAGGUUCUCCCGUUUCCUCUUCCAGAGCCAAAGAACGUGGUUGACGCUGAGGCAGACGAUAACGAGCCGUUAUCGCUGGAAAACGACACUUUUAAUGCCGUGGCCGAACUGGAUUUGUUUUGGCAACGGGUCGCUCAGAAAGACGCGUCCAGGUACUCCUUGAACGAGGAGAGGGAAUUUCUGAUCAGAGAGAACGAUAUUUUGAAAAGAAGAUUGCACAAGUAUUGUCAGUGCGUCAGUUGUCCCGGCACGUUGACUGUAGAAGAGAAACAGCCAACGACAAGAGGACCAGUCAGUGUUUCAGACGGGAAUUUCGAAAUGAGGAAAUACAAGUGUUUCGACUUCAAUCUUUGAUUACGAUAUUUGUACGUACAAAAUUCAAAUGGCGGCCGCUUGUUUCUUUAUUUGGUUGUAUUAUAGUCGUGACCAACAAGCCACUUCGUUAGCUAAUAAAAAGGGAAGUGAAAUGAUGUCUGGCGAUGAUUCCAAGUGAAGCUUACCUUAACCUGUAUAAUAUCUAUCAACUUUGCCGUUAGAAAAUUAGAAUUGCAGAUAACAGAAAUUAAAGAAAAAAAAAUGCGCAUCGAGGCCACUGAGCUUAUUAGCUCAAUGCAAAGGAAGGUGCAAUGCAAUAAAAUAAAUCUUGCAUCUGAAUGUAGAACUGAUCACAUAUCCAAAUUUGGGAUUUCCUCUAUAUAUAUUAAUCAAUA